CUGUUAUACUUGUUACAUUGCGGCCAAUGAACGAACGACGGAUCACCUAGUCUUAGCUUUAUAUACCGUCGUUUUCGCUCCACCGGUAUCAAUCGUGUAUCUACCGUCGUACAGUUAACAAACACCCUAAACCUAAAACCAAUCAAAAUGGCUCCAGGAGGUAAAUCCGCAGGAAAAGCGAUGAAGAAGUCGUCCGGCAAGGCUCAAAAGAACAUCGCCAAGUCCGACAAGAAGCGCAAGCCAAAGAGGAAAGAAUCGUACGCCAUCUACAUCUACAAAGUGUUGAAACAAGUACAUCCCGACACUGGUGUUUCCUCAAAGGCCAUGAGCAUCAUGAACAGUUUCGUCAACGAUCUGUUCGAACGCAUCGCCGCCGAAUCCAGUCGUCUUGCCCACUACAACAAGCGCUCGACCAUCACCAGUCGGGAAAUCCAAACCGCCGUCCGUCUCUUGUUGCCUGGUGAAUUGGCCAAGCACGCCGUCAGUGAAGGUACCAAGGCCGUCACCAAAUACACCAGCUCCAAAUAAAUGAAUUCUGUAAAUACAUUCUUUAAAAAGGCCCUUUUAAGGGCCAC